AUGAGUGAAUCUGAUUACUCUGAGCACUUGGACAAUGGGAGCGGCUUUUGUGUCUCUCCAAUCGUUGAGAAUGGCCACUCUGACGAUGAGAGCACCCCAUAUCAGACAUCAGCAUCUGCUGCUAUGUCUGAAGAGUCUGUUAAUGAGUCUAGUCUGUCGCACGAGGCUCCAAAGGCCUCACACAAAUUUGCAAAACUUGCCGGCAGCGAUGAGAAAAUCCGUCCUAACAUACCGGUCGCACUUCCUAAAACUAAUACUAAGACAGCACAUCCUAAGAAAGAAAUUUUUCACAAGCUAAGCACCUCACAUACAUCAAGCCUUUUAAGCUGGGGCCGCGACCAACUUCAAUCUACGAAGGCCCGCAGCCGCACCAAAAGUUCAGCAAAGAAUGAACUUGCGGCACCAAAGGAAAUUAAUGACGGACCUGACAUGCGUGGGCGCUCGCUAGCUGAGCAUUUGAAUAAACGUGCAGCUUCAGAUGGUAGCUCACGGUUCUAUGAGUCGGGUUUUGGUUAUACCUCCGGCGUUGUUACGACUAUUGCCGCUGGACGAAAGCCACUUCCACUACCACACACCGUUGGAGGUCGAUCGAGACAUCCAGAGUUCACCUAUCGGAGCCCUCCUAUUCGACCUGCCACAGACAACUUCUCUAAAACACAGCCAUUGCAAUCACACACAGAAACUUAUAAGAAACCUCCUGCGCGAUCCGACACAAACCAUGUCUACAACACUCAGCCAGUGCGGUCGGAUCCUGAUAACACCUACAAGAGCCCGCCUGUGCGAUCAUCUACUUCUCAAGGAUACCAAAAUCUGCUUCCACUGCCCCCAGACUCGAAGUUCGACGAAGUGAUCACCAGCAUGAUGCUUCCUGAGAAACAGAUGAACCGACCGGCGACGACUAGUGGAAUCACUUAUAGCCCAAUACAGUCGACAUUUGAUUCAGUUUUCAACAAGCACACUGAACCAGUUGUUGAUCGCUGCUCUACUAUGACAUCUAUUUGGACAGCUUUGGACUUCGACAGUCCACUCGGAAGCAUCAAUGACAGCCCUCGUGACAGCCUGAACAUUGCAUCUCCUACUCAAUCCACAGAUGAUCUGACUUCUAUCAUGUCUCGCCGUCGACCCAUCUCCAACGCUGUGGCUCUCGCGACCAAGCCCAUCUCUAAUAAAGUAAUGCGAAAGCCAACUCCUUCGGAAGUUUCCGGCAGAGCCGCUCCUUCCCCUGAGCCUCAGGACCCCGAGAGCAAAAUUCAGGCUUUGGAGAAGAAGAAAGAUGAGCUGGCAAAGCGCAGAGUUAACCUGGAAACUGUCAUUGAUGGAUUGAACAAGACACUCCAACCUGGCAGUAUGACCUAUGAUUUAUCUGCUAAGGCAGAGGUGCAGAAGAGUAUUCGCAGCAUUGAGAAUGAUGUUGCUGAAAUCAAGAAAGAGGAACAUGAACUUGGCAUGAAGGUCGCUCGGGCCUGGAGACGCUUAGAUGAGCGGCAGAACAAUGGCGAUGGUAGCAACCUUUGGGUGAAGCGUGUUACCAAUUAA